CCCCAACCGAAGAUCAUCGGCUGCAGAAAACGCGGAUGCUGAAUCGAUCGCUUAUUUCUACACGCUUUCUUAAAACACAGGCCCACAGCGAUGGGUAAGAGAAGAUUCAACGAGAAAGGUCGCCGCCAGGUGGAAACCAUCGUCGAUAACACCGAAACCAAGAAGAUCAAACUAGACUUUGCUCCAGCCAGCGAUGGGUACGGUGGGGCCGAUGAAGCGAACGCACUGGUGCUACCCUCGAAGAAACGUGCGUCCAAGGUGAAAAAGGACACCACGGUAGUGACGAGGAUUUUGUCGAAAAAACAGCGCAAACGGCUAGAGAAGAUCGUUGAUCAGAGGAAAAAGAAGGAAAACCGAUCGACACUCAUCGCGUCACUGGUGGAGGUGCAGGCAACGAAAGAGGAACUGACCGGCUUCCGCAAGCUAAGCGAGAUCCAAACCAAAGGUCUGAAGCAGCACUUUAAAGAGCAAAAGUAUGGCGUGACGGUUGUGGAAAAGGUGCGCGGAUCUCGUGCGAAUGAGAACGGUGUGGCGAAAAUCCGCAGUUUGGUUGGCAGUCGCCGAAAACGGUUAGCACUUUUGCGCCAACAACAGCCCUCGGGAGCGGAUGGGGAUGAUGAUGAAGAGGGAGCAGCUGAACGGAAUCCGAACGUGGUGGGAUUGGACGAAAGCGAUGACUCUUCGAGCGGCGAUGAGUCGGAUAUGUCCGAGGAACCGAGCGAUGAGGAGAAAGCGGAACAAGUUCCCGAACAGAAGAGUGCAAGCAAGGAAGAGGUACAAGAAGCGGGCACAAAGGAAGUGGCUGAUGAACCGAAGAAGUUGACGAAGGAACCGUCAAAAGCUGAAGCGACACCGCCGCCAGUGAAACAAAACCAACCGGUUGACCGUAAGCCGGCCACGUACAUACACGUGGAACGAGAUGCGGAGGUACAGGCGGCCCGUCUCAAGCUACCGAUACUGGCGGAAGAGCAAGUGAUAAUGGAAACGAUCAGUGAGAAUCAAAUCACCAUUCUGGCGGGUGAAACGGGCAGCGGAAAAACCACGCAAAUCCCACAGUUCCUCUACGAGGCUGGUUACGGUGAGAGGGGCCUGAUCGGUAUCACGGAACCGCGCCGUGUCGCUGCCAUAUCCAUGUCGAAACGUGUCGCGCACGAAAUGAAUCUACCGACCGACAUCGUAUCCUAUCUGAUCCGUUACGAGGGUAACGUGACGGACCGGACCAAGAUCAAGUUCAUGACGGACGGUGUACUGUUGAAGGAGAUUGAGGUGGACUUUCUGCUCAGCAAAUACUCGUGCGUCAUACUGGACGAGGCGCACGAGCGUAGCGUUUACACAGACAUCCUGAUGGGAUUGCUGUCGCGCAUCGUUCGAUUGCGUGCCAAACGUGGCACCAGCCCGUUGCGGCUCAUCAUCAUGUCCGCCACGUUGCGCGUGUGUGACUUUACCGAAAACCGGAAGCUGUUCCUCGAUACACCGCCCGUCAUUAACAUCGAUUCGCGCCAGUACCCAGUGACGGUACACUUUAGCAAGACGACACCGGUCGACUAUCUGCGUGAAGCGUUCCUGAAGACGGUCAAAAUCCAUACCCGGCUACCGGAGGGUGGUAUACUGAUUUUUCUUACCGGUCAAAAGGAAGUCAACACGAUGGUACGCAAGCUGCGUAAAAUGUUCCCACCGGUAAAGGGUGCCACCGAUGGUAACCGCACGUCCGAUGCUACGGCAAACGAUCGCGCCGAGGAAGACGAAGAGUUUGAUAACAUUUUACGCGGCAAAAAGGCACGCAAGAAGGCCAGUUGGACGAAAAAGCGCAAAAACCCAUCGGUCACCGUUCCUCGGCUUCCGCAGAUCGAUCUGGAUGCGUACGAACUGCCGCACGCCGACGACACGGAGGCCGAUCUGCACGAGAAUGAUGAUCACACGAGCGACAGCGAGCUGGAUGAAGAUGGUCUCGAUGGUGCCGAUGACGAUGAGGCGAACUUGCUGGACGGAGGAGAUCUGGCCGAAGAUCUUGGCAUAUCGGAGCUCAAACGGAAUCAACCCCUGUGGGUGCUGCCCCUGUACUCGAUGUUGCCACCGGAUAAGCAGCAGCGUAUCUUUAAACCACCUCCGGAAGGCUCACGGCUGUGCGUGGUAGCGACCAACGUGGCCGAAACGUCGCUCACCAUUCCGGACAUUAAGUACGUGGUGGACAGUGGCCGUCAGAAGACGAAACUGUACGAUAAAACGACCGGUGUGACCGCAUUCGUCGUGACGUUUACGAGCAAGGCGUCGGCCAACCAGCGGGCAGGCCGUGCUGGCCGUGUUGCACCGGGCCACUGUUACCGGUUGUACUCGAGUGCCGUGUUUAACGAUGAGUUUGUGGAUUUUGCACCGCCCGAGGUACAGCAGAAACCGGUCGAUGGGUUGGUGCUGCAGAUGAAGUGUAUGGGGAUUGAUAAGGUCGUUAACUUUCCCUUUCCAUCACCGCCCGAUCGAGAGCAGCUGGUGGGGGCCGAGCAGCGCCUACUGCAGCUGGAGGCACUCGAGGAAAUCACGACACGCACCACGCUAAAGGGAGGAACCGGUGCAUCGCGUACGCAAACGAUCACGCGUGUCACCGAGCUGGGUCGCACGAUGGCCGCCUUUCCGGUGGCGCCACGCUUUGGCAAGAUACUGGCCCUCAGCCAUCAGCAUGCGCUGCUACCGUACGCGAUUUGUCUCGUGGCUGCGCUCUCCGUGCAGGAGGUACUGGAAGAGGUCGGUCUGACGGAGGAGGACACUUCGGAGAGCAGCAAACUGUGGCGCCAGAAGCGUAAGGCAUGGGCUGGCACCGGCGAAUCGCUACUGCUCGGUGAUCCGAUGAUUCUCCUUAAGGCGGUCGGUGCGGCGGAACACGCGAACAGUAAAGGCACCCUGGAAGCAUUCUGUACGGAGAAUGGCAUCCGGCUGAAGGCGAUCAAAGAAAUCCGGAAGCUGCGCGUCCAGCUAACGAACGAGGUCAAUGCGAACCUGCGCGAAAUGUCGCUUACGGUCGAUCCGGAUAUGCCACCUCCGACCGUCACGCAAAUACGUCUCCUUCGGCAACUGCUGCUGAUCGGUAUGAGCGAUCGGAUUGCUCGUAAGCUGCCGGAGAGUGAGAUAAAGCUAAAGGCCGACGUCAGGCGGUUACGGCAUGCGUACAAUCUACCGAUGAUCGACGAGCCCGUCUUUCUCCAUGCCGGUUCCGUGCUGCGGAAAGAGUUACCCGAGUGGGUUUGCUUCCAGGAGGCCUUCGAAACGACGGUAUCCAUCGGAGAGGCAGCGCAAUCGAAAACGUUUAUCCGUGGCAUCACGGCGAUCGAGCCGGAAUGGUUGCCAAAGUUUGUACCGAAUGUGUGCAACAUUUUGGAUGUGCUGGAGGAGGAACCGCAGCCUCCGGUGUACAACGCGACCACCGAUAGCAUCGAGUGUUAUGUGAAGGCAACGAUCGGUAAAACGAGCUGGCCAUUGCCGGCCGCACUGGUGGAGAUGCCCAGGAAUAUGCUGCGGUGCAAAUAUUUGCUGAAAUUCUUCCUAUCGGGAAUGAUCUACAAAAAGUUGAAACCGUUCCGCAAAUCCCUCCUUUCGUCACCGGAUUCGGUUUUGAAGCAAUAUUCCUGCUCGGUGCCGCGUAUAGAUGCUGCCCUCAAGGUGUUGCUAGCGAACGAAGUUUACAAUGCGGCCCGUUUCUCCGAGCUGUGGAAUGUGGACUCGAAAUUUUUCCUUCAGGAGUACCGAGAAUUUCUACCAGUAUCCUGUCACGAUGAUGUUGCCAGAUGGUGGCCUCCGAAAAAGUGAUUUCAAUGUUGAAAUAAGUGUACGAAAUUUACCCGCAAUAAAUUUUGAAUGGUGUACGCACAGAA